ACAAAACCCAAUGCCUUUAAGCCUCAUAAAUCCCCCUAUCCAAGGGAGUCUACCCAAACAUUAUUUUUUCCUAGUCGAGAAUGAUUUCCCCAUGCCAUAUCGAUCAGAUGAUUAAGGGGAGGUUACUACAACCAACUGUGCUGGAACUUGUAAACAAACUCUUGUUUAUUUUCCUGGAAGUGGAAGAGCUCAAACUUUCAAAAUAAAACAGAAAGGCUAAGAUAAGUUUAGAUCUAGUAUAGGAGUGUCUCGGCGGCUUAUGAUAUUGUUGUUUCUACGCUAUUUUCUACGACAUACGAGAGAGGACAUUAAAGGAUUUAGUGUGGCCAUUUGAAAUCUGGGUCUAUUUUUAAUUUUGGAGUCAGUGUCAGUGUCAGAUUUCGCAAUCGACGAAUGAUUAAACAAAGAUAUAAUCAUAGAGUCAGUGUUGCUGCCGGCAGUGAUAAGUGAUAUCUCAAUAUUUUUUUUUAAAGCUAGCCCUCCGAUUACGCGGAUGUAGAUCUAGAUUCUACACAAGAUUGUUUAUAAUCUAGGGGCUAACUAGAUAUCUAGAUCUAGAUCUAUAUUACUUCCUCAUUGAAGAAGAAAUCUCAUGUCGCAAAGAAUAUCAUGGGGUUUUUCAAAGAAGCCAGUGACCCCUUCUGCCACUGUCACAGUUCUCUCUCCGGAUCUUCUCAAUCUUUUAUCCAUGGAUAUUUCAAGUUCAAGCAGAUUGAUUGAUGACUUAACACAUGAAGAAGGAGAGCAUGAUGAUGGUUAUGUUGGAACUCUGAAAGAAAUAACAAAACAGCAUUGGAAGUCGGCAGAGAGCAGCAAAGCUUGUCAAAAUAAAGAGUGUCGUAAAGUCUUCUCUACUGUGCUUGAACGACCACAUCAUUGUCGAAGAUGCGGAGAAGUAUUCUGUGCGGACUGUCUCAAGUACAAACGUCGUCUCAACAAACUGGCCCACUUUGACCCAGAUGGAGAUCUUUACAAGGUUUGCAAAAGCUGCUUUGAGCUGGACAAAACUACCGAAGGUCAGGUACGAAACCACUCCAAGGACUUUGCGGCUCUUAGAACGGCGCACAAGUUUGUGAGCACGACCGAGGCAAAUGGUGCCGUGCCUUCCGCCCGGAGAUCUCAACUCGACUAUGACGUGGAAUAUGAAAGACUGACAAAGGGGUUUGCUGGAAGCAUCGGUAGCUCCGAGAUCAAGAAGACUCUGCAUGAGCUGAGAAGUGUGCUGUCCACCCCAGACUGGAUGAAGUCUAGUGUUUGGAUUCAAGAAAAUUUGGCCAGUUUCUGCCAGUUUUGCAAGGGGGACUUUGGUCUGAUGAAGAAGAAAGCGUUCUGCCGCGUGUGUGGCAAGUGUGUGUGCAAGUCAUGCUCCACCAAAGACUUGCUGGUCUACGUCCCUGACGGCGAGCGAGAGAAAGGCGUCAAGUGCUCCCCGAAGCUGGCUAUUAUUAAGUAUGUUGGAUGUCCAGAGGUGGAACCAGAGAUCAGCCUAUACCUCCGCGUGUGCAAACACUGCAAGGACAGACUGGUAGACAAACAGGUGCGACUGGAGGAGGAGGAGGAUCAGCUGUCCAACGGGCCCGACUUCCUGGAGGCCUUGAUCCGAGUGCACCAGAAGCUGGUGAAGGCCGAGCUGGGGGUCAAGGAUCAGCUGCCCAAGUACAGAGACGUGGUGGACUCUCUCGAGGACGGGACGCGAAGGACAAACUUACAGAGCAACACCAAGAUAUUGGCAAAGGCACAGGGAGAUCUGGCAGAUGUCCUGGCACAGCAUGUGACCAUCGUCCAGCAGCUGAAGAAACUGAAACCUCAGACGGAGACGCAGGCCUCGUUGUUGAAGACGUAUAUCAGGGCCAAGUGUGACUUUUACCUGGAGCACCAGGCUCAGUUCCGCGCUCUCAAGCACAAGCUCUGCGAGUCGGUUCCCGCCGAGAGCCUCGACUUCAUCCAGAGGAUAAUGGACAAAAACGCUAUAAUAAGCACACAUCUCUACCUGAGGCAGCUUGUCUACGAGACACUUCACCUGACCGACCGCCACAAGAUCGAGGACGAUCUGCCUCUCUUCCUGAUGGCGGUGGAGCAAAAAGUGGAAGAGGACGUAAAGGCCUGCUUAAAAAACUGCAAAGAAGACGUAGAAGAACACAUGAUGAUAGUGAAGGACAUGAUCAGGAUGCGAAUGAAGGAAAACAAGCUGAUCCGGCCCUCCCCGCGCCAGGUGAAGCAGCGAGGCUCGCGUCAUGUGCAUGAACUCAUGAACAGCCGCACAGAAGCCGUUCUCAACCAGGUGAACUUCCAGCUGCAGCUGGCCUCGGCCAUUCGAAGCUUCCAGGGCAGUAAAGAUUCCCUGGACGGCGCGCUGAAGGAACUGUCGGUCCGCCGAGAGACGGAGAAGUCAGAGGGUCAGGAGUUUGUCAUUGUGGAUAAGAUUGUGUGAGGGAGGGAGGGUGUGAGUGAGGGAGUGAGGGAUGGUUUUACCAGUCGCAAACUGUGAUCACGUUGGGCGCUCUUUUUUUUCUCUUUCUCUUUCUCCUCUCUGUUCUCUCUCUCUUUUUUUUCUCUUUCUGUCUCUCUCGCUGUA